AUGGUGUGCGAGGUGAAAGGAACAGUGGUGGAAAGCAAGGUGAUCCUGGAGGGCCUGCAGAGGUAUGGCCCCACGCCAAUCUAUCUGCCUGUCAGCUACCGGAUCCUCAAUGCAGAGUCAGCAUUCUUCCUACAGGAAGCAAACCAGGACUUAAUGAGGAACUCAAGCCUGCAGGCUCGCACCGAGUCCUUCUUCAUCCACCAGGCCCGGCAGAUGCCCUUUGUCAAUGCCAGCUACGGGCCGCUGUCUGUCCAGCAGCCUGUCCCUCUGGAGCUGCUGCAGACUGCGCCAGGGCCAUUUAACACCCCCCCCUUCGCGACAUCAUCAGCGCCGACAUCGGCAUCAUCGUCGCCUCUCUUCACUUUCAACUGGAAGGUCCACACCUAUAUUAUCAGCGAGCGGAUUCACCCCAGUUGGCCAAAGGUUCAGGUGCUGUUCUACAUUGCAGGGAGGGACUGGGAUGAUUACAGCGCCAUCCACAAGCUGCCCUGCGUCCGGAUGUUCGCCUUCCACGAAACUCAAGAAGUGCGUGGAACAUGCAGGCUAAAAGGUGAGCUGGGGAUAUGUGUUGCCGAGCUGGAGCCCCUCGCCAGCUGGUUCAGCCUGCCCACCGUCAGACCGGGUCGGCAGAGGGUCUCUGAGCAGGCCCAGGGCACUCCUGUGGAGCUCUACUACAUGGUUCAAACCACGGAGAGCGGAGACUGCAGCUCAGAGGAUUCAAGAAAGGGCAGCUCUGUUCACCCAGACCAGCAGAGGCCGAUGGGCUAUUUCGCAGGGCACACACCCAUGCAGCGCAUUGGGAGCGUCAGGCUGUUUCAGCCGCUGUCGGAGCUAAAGCUGGACAAUAACUUUGUGGUGAUGACACCCUCCAAACCCAUCCGGCAGAGAGAGACACUCUCGACUUUUCUGGCUCUGUCUACGCUUUCUUCAGUGCCAAUUUUCACCCUCAGGGUCAAGCUGAAGGACGGGGUGGCGUUUCUGGGAGCUAGAGCGAGUAACCCUGUUGUGUGGACGGUGAGCCAGGAUGUCAGAAGUGAAGGUCACAGGGUUGUGACCCUCCACUGUCGGAGGAAGGAGAACAGUUUUAGUCAAAGGGCCGAGGCACCAGGCUACCAGCGAGUGCUGCAGGUGGACCUGGAGGUGAACGGGCUCAUGGUGACUCAGGGGGGGAGGGAGGUGACGUGGCAGGUUGAGUAUCCACUCACCCGUACCCUGACCAGUGAGGUGCCAACUCUCAUCCGCCUGGCACCACAGGACCUGGGUGGCAUCGUGCCACUAGCCAUGGACACUGAGAUCCUCAACACAGCCGUCCUCAACGGGCGAACAGUUGCCGUCCCGGUAAAGGUGGUCACCGUGGGAACAGACGGAAGCGUCUCUGAUGUAACGGAGUCCGUGGAAUGCAAGUCAGCAGACGAACAGGUUAUCAAGGUGUCAGAGCGGUGCGACUACGUGUAUGUAAACGGGAAGGAGUCAAGAGGGAAGAGCAGGGUGAUGCUCAACUUUACCUACAGUUUCCUGAGUGCCCAGCUGGAGAUGAGCGUGUGGAUGCCUCGCCUGCCCUUGCUCAUCGAUGUGGCCGACCCCGAGCUCAGCCAGAUAAAGGGUUGGAGGGUCCCCGUUAGUAUGGGGAACAGGAGGUAUGAGAGGGUCACUGAUGACAAGGAUGAAGACGAUGCAGCAGGCGAGAGGAAGGAGAGCGGCUGCGUUGCCCAGUAUCAGAGCACCACCCUCCGUGUCCUCACACACUUUGUGGCAGAUACGGGAGAAGUUAGAGGAGCUGUGGACGAGGACAGCCUGGGCCAGCAGAGCUUCCUGCUGGGUAGUGACUGGCAGGUGGAGGUGACACAACUGGUCAAGGAUUUUCUGAGGGUGGAGGUCCCGAAGGUUGCACAACUGCUGGAGGGCCAAGUUCUGAUAGGAGUUAGUGCUGGAAUCACCAAACUACAGGUGCUGUCCCCUCUGACAUCAUCGGUCUUGGCUGAGAGGAGCAUCAGGGUGGUGGAUGAUAAAGUGAGCGUGACAGAGCUGGGGGUGCAGUUGGUCUCUGGACUCUCUCUGUCCCUGCAGCUCAGCCCAGGGAGCAACAGGGCCAUCGUCGCCACUGCAAGCACACAGGAAGUCAUCGAAUCCCUCAAACAGGAAUCGCUUAUCAGCGCUUGGCUCCAGUUCAGUGAUGGAUCCAUGACUGCUCUAGACAACUACAACCCUGCCCAUUUUACCCUGACAGCCACCUCUUUGGAUGAACAGGUGGUGAAGGUGCAGCGCAGUGCAGCAUGGAAAUGGCCAAUCAUUGUUGCCAAGGGGGAGGGUCAGGGUUUGCUUGUGCGUGUUGAAAUGAGCCCAUCGGAGGUGUGCCAGAAGGGGAAACGACGCACAAUCUUAGCCACUGGAAUGGCAAACAUACAGACACGGUUUGGUCAGCCAGAGGAGCAAUACAGACAACCAGGAGACCGGCGAACACGUCCUGAUCCUCCAUAUUAUGGCGGGUCUAUCGCUGAUGUGGAAACUGGGUUAAUCAACCGUGGAGCCACGACAAUUAGGGGCCAUGUCCCAGUGAGACCUAAUGGAGGCCGUCUAUCAGCGGACAGUGGGGCCAGGGUCCCAAAUGAAUUCUCUGAAUAUCCAGGCCAGGCAGACCUGCCUCGUAGCCGCAGCACUGAUGACGACUUGUUACCAUCCCGACGAGGCCUGACAGACCUGGAGAUUGGUAUGUAUGCCCUGCUGGGAGUCUUCUGCCUGGCCAUCCUGGUUUUUCUCAUUAACUGCAUCUCUUACGCAUACAAGUACCGUAGCAAGCAGCUAUCCCUGGAGGCCCCAGAGGCAAUGCCCCAUGCCCACGACUGGGUUUGGCUGGGCCAAGACGAGGGGCUAUGUCUGCAGCAACAGCAGCAGGACGAGCUGAGCAGUGCCCUAGAGGAGGGUAGUCAGUUACUGAACGGGGGCAUUCAGCGUGGAAAUAUUGCUGUUGGAGGCUGUAGUUCGAGUGGGAGGGAUCACAGGAAUGAGUCCCUUAACUCACCCACCACCAAGAGAAAGAGGGUGAAGUUCACUACCUUUUCCAAUGUCAAGUCCAGUAAUGGAUGUCCUGUGCUCAGCCCAUUAGCACUAGUGCAGACCAGUGAGAUCAAAUGGGUAUGUCCGGACAUCGAGCUUGGGGACUCACAGGAUCUUAGGAACUACAUGGAAAAGCUUAAUGAGAAUGCAAUUAAGAACACUGCGUAG